CCUUCUAGAAGCUUCAACACGCCGCUUUUGCCUCCUGUUCUCUAUUCCUCCCCCAUUUCUGGCAGCUGUCGAAACCCUAUUUUUUCCCUCUUCCUUCCACUCGCCGGCGUCGAUUGCGAGAGCUGGGGAUGGAUCGCAUCGUCGGCAGCAAGUACAAGCUGGGCCGCAAGAUCGGGAGCGGCUCCUUCGGGGAGAUCUACCUCGCGACGCACGUCGACACCUACGAGAUCGUCGCCGUCAAGAUUGAAAGCAGCAAAACCAAUCACCCGCAAUUGCUAUAUGAGGCCAAGCUGUACAAUGUUCUUCAAGGAGGGACUGGUGUUGCAAACAUUAAAUGGUGCGGCAUUGACGGCGAUGAAAAUAUUCUUGUUAUCGAUUUGCUUGGACCAAGCCUUGAGGAUCUAUUUGCUUAUUGUGGCCGGAGAUUCUCAGUGAAGACGGUCUUGAUGUUAGCGGAUCAGAUGAUUACAAGAAUAGAAUUUAUGCAUUCUAAAGGGUAUUUGCACAGAGACAUCAAGCCUGAUAACUUUCUUAUGGGCCUUGGUCGAAAAGCUAACCAGGUUUACGUCAUUGACUUUGGGCUCGCAAAGAGAUACCAUGACUCAACCACCAACCGCCAUAUACCUUAUAGAGAAAAUAAAAACUUGACCGGCACAGCUCGCUAUGCUAGUCGCUACACUCAUCUUGGGAUUGAGCAAAGCCGUAGAGAUGAUUUGGAAUCCAUCGGAUACGUUCUUCUGUAUUUCCUCAGGGGAAGUCUUCCUUGGCAGGGUUUGAAAGCAGCCACAAAGAAACAGAAAUAUGAUAAAAUAAGCGAGAAGAAGCUUUCAACACCCAUUGAGGCUUUGUGUAAAUGCCAUCCUGUGGAAUUUGUUUCCUACUUCCACUAUUGCCAUUCUCUGACAUUUGAUCAGCGGCCCGAUUAUAGUUUCUUGAGACGUCUCUUUCGAGAUUUGUUUGACCGUGAAGGUUAUCAGUUUGAUUAUGUCUAUGACUGGACUUUGUUGAAAUGUAAGCAAUCCCAGAAGGCUAAGGCUCAACAAGGAUGUUCCCAAGAUACAGGUGUAGGUAGCCAGCCAGUUACAAAGAAUUUGGAGAAGCACCAAGUUAGUGUUUCACGCCCAAUUGAAGCUUCGGGUCCACUUGAAGUGGAGCAACGCCGGGUAAUCAGAAUGCAAUUCAAAUCUAGUGCUGAGAACAGCCGUUCAAAUAAUCCUCAUCCUGAGAGAUUGAGAGUGGCUGCUAGCCCUGAUAAUGCAUUGCUGCAAUCCACAUCACGUGCCAAUGCUCCAAGGAACAAUGUAACAGUCUCAAAAACACAGGGGUCCAUUGAUCCCCACACUCGUGGAAGUUGCAGUCCAGGGCCCUCUAACUGCAUUUAGCCUUUGGAUCAGUUAGUUCCUAAAUCCAUGGUGGUCCGUUCAGUAAAUGAUUGGUUACCGGAUAUGGUUUCCGUUUGACGGGAGAAUCCUGGACAAAACUCGAAUGCUUUUAUUUCUCGGUGCAUGAAGCCAUUGCUGAAGGUAGAUGUCGGAUUUUUAAGAUGACGUCUGUAUUGCUUGAGGGUUCUUUUCCAAAUAAUAAUGAUGAUGUAUUCCUUGCUUAAAGAGAACUUGGGGAUUCAGAAUAGCUUUCAUUUUAAUUAGGGGUCAGCAGCAGUGGGACAAUGUGCGCUUUACCCGGCAUCCUGCUUAGGACAUACAACCUGUUUAACUUAAAGUGACAUUCGACUUGGAUCGGCUGCAGCUUUUAAUGUGUUUGAUGUUGAAUCACACCAAGCAAGGAUGACGAAGAGAUACCUGGGAAGUGUAUGAUUUGGUUAGCGUGAAUGAAUUAAUGAUUAUUUUGAUUGCUUCCACCAAUUUGCCUAUCUCCCAACAAAUACUUAAGAUUCUUGUGAAAAUUGGUCGACCGCAUUCAUCCCCAUUAUUAUUUUCAACUUUCAAGAGCCACGUGCUGCAGCUCAAGGCCUCAAGAUAUAGGUUAUCGCAAAUUCAAUCUGCAAGUGUUGAGUGGAGGUAAAACAUAACAUAUGCCAUUUGGUACUGUUGGGACUGACAUGGUUUAGUUUGUGUUGCUGGAUGAUGUGUGUAAUGGAUAUCUCAUGGCAUAAUUUGUGUAUAAUUGAUGAUUCAUUCUCGGAUGUUUCAUUUUGUUAUGUUUUUAGUCAGCUCUAAAUGAAAAGCUGGUUUGGCAGUU